AGCAUUCAAAAUGAAUACUCCAAAACAGUUAGUACGUUUAUUAAGACAUACCGCACUAAGCAGAGGCUGCCAGAUGGAUGACCAGGGGUUCAUUCUCUUAGUUAACAUUAUUGGGUUAUCAGAGUUUCGCAGUUUAACCAUAGCCCAGUUACAGAAGAUCGCCCAGGAAGACCAAAAGGGGCGAUUUGAAUUGAGAUAUACUUAUCAUGGUUUCGCGGUGAGGGCCGUCCAAGGUCAUAGCUUCGGGUUGAAUAUGUGUUAUCCCACUGUCAUACCGCGAAGGAUGAUCCAUGGGACGGAUGACAGAGGUUGGGAGUUUAUCAAUUUCGACGGUGUGAGGGUAAUGACUCGCGACUACAUACAUGCCGUUGAUAGUCACGAGUCAUAUGGUUUACGCCACAACGCUACGACCCUCAUCUAUUUUGGUGUUGAGAAGGUGGUAGAAGCGGGGAUAGCCAUCCAUCUAUCCCCCAACGGAUAUCUUUUAUCCCGUGGGAACAAUGGACUGUUGUGCCCAUGUUUCUUCGCAUUUGCUAUACGGCGAUCAGAUGGAGUGUCCCUGCCUUUUAUGUGUCACCAUCACAUAUAACAGGGCACUCCAUCACGUAAUGGUCCUUAUCAGGGCCCCCAUAUUUUCCCGAAAGAGAUAUGUUUCAUAAUGUCAUCUUAAUAAAAUUGUCCGGAUGGUAGAAUCUACGAAAUUUAUAACAGAUUCUAUUAGAUUCAAAUGCUUUGCCGCGGUGCAGUUUAUUUCAUUUAAUUCCGAUAUAAUUAUAAGACAUCGUUAGCCCUUACUGAAAUAGUCAAUAUUACAUUAAUUAAUUUUAGAAUCUUUGUUUUACGAAGAGCAAAUCAAUGCAGAUGAUGCAUACCCGUUUGAUCCAAAGUAAUUUCCACUGAUAAUAUCCAUAUGGUUUGACCCAUAAUCAAGUUCAAUCAGUCAUUUUAACUUAAAGGAAGGGAAAAAAAAAAAAAAAAAAAAUUUUCGUUAGCAUUUACAAUAUUGAGCUUUAAGUCAAAAUCGGAUAGUAAAUGUACCAAUGACGACAUGGGAGACAAAUGCUCUCGACCAAUCAGAGAGCCGCUUAUAUAUUUUCUGUGUUCGGCAUGAAAACAGACUAAAUGAUAUUUUUGGUAGUUUGUCUUGUAUUCUAAUAUUAGAUGAAAAAAAAACAAACGUUGUUUCAGUCCGUAUUGAUAUAUAAAUUAUGACUAGAAAUAAUUCCGUCAUUAAAAUGUCUAUAUUCAUUAGCAAAUACAGCGAUGUCAAUGUCUUACCUUGGGAAAAGUUCAGAUUUAUCAUGAAAAUUUAAAUUAAACUAGAAAUGUGUCCAUAGGACACGGAUGCCCCUACACGCCACUGUUCUGUCAAUCUUAUGACACUAGGUCAAAUAUUUUUU